AUGUCUUCUCUCUUACUGGAGCAGCUCCUGGGCAAGUCUGCGGUGGAUGAUGCCAUUCGCAGCACCAAAAAUCGCGUACUGGUGCUUCGUUUCGGUCGAGCGUCUGAGACUUCAUGUUUACAGCAGGACGAUAUCCUGGCGAGAUGCGAACGCGAGCUGUCCAGAAUGGCAAGGGUGUGUAUGGUGGAGGCAGAUUAUGUUCCUAUCUACUGUCAGUACUUUGACAUCACGCUCAUCCCCGCCACAAUUUUCUUCGUCAAUGGAAAGCACAUGAAAGUGGACUACGGUACACCCGACAACACGAAGUUUAUUGGUGCUUUUCGGACGAAACAAGACUUUAUCGACCUCGUGGAGGUUGUUUACCGAGGUGCGAAACACGGAAAGUCAAUUGUGCCUUGUCCGAUUGAAAAGUCACAUAUCCUACAGUAUGACCUGAUUUACAAAGACAUCUAA